GAGUUCUCGACGAAAGCGUGCAUUUUUUCCAGUCGGGCUGAGCCUAGCAUUGUCCAAUUGUCAAUUGUUAAAAAUAUUGUCGGUGCUGAGGCAGCAAACCUUGAUUAUAUCAUUCAACAAGUAAAUCGUUAUAUUUUCACAGUAGUUCUCACUUCUCGUACCUAGAGGCUAGAACCAACACACGAAUCAGAAUAUCUUCAGAGACGCGACUGGAAGGACAAGCGCGCGGAGCUGAGCGGAACCCUAAAAUAAAUAAUUUUUAUUAUAGCUGUUCAGGCAAGAGAGGCCUCCGGUCUUUAUUUUCGAGUUGCCAGGCACCUUUGCGGAAAAGUGAAGCUUCUGCAUGAUUUUAGCGACAUGUUGCCUAGCAACGACCGAUUGGUUCAGCUUUUGAAUACAAAUUUUGUCACAGCUGCGCAGUUUCCUCAAUUUGUGGAAUAAUUUGAGGGUUCGACGCGACAGUUUGGGGUUGAGUGAGCCAUGUCUCGGAAGCUGGAGCCAGUGUGCUCGCUGUCCGGCCACACAGACCGGGUAUGGCAGGUGGCCUGGGAUCCGGCCGGCCGCACCCUGGCCUCCUGCUCGGCCGACAAGACGGUGCGGCUGUGGUCGGAGACCGGCGCCGGCUGGAGCUGCGCCACCAUCCUGGCCGACGGGCACGAGCGCACCGUGCGCGGCGUGGCGUUCUCGCCGAGCGGCCGGCUGCUGGCGUCGGCCAGCUUCGACUCCACGGCGGCCGUCUGGGACCGCGAGCAGGCCUGGGAGUGCACCGCCACCCUGGAGGGACACGAGAGCGAGGUCAAGGCGGUGGCCUGGUCUCGCUCCGGCAAAUACCUCGCCACGUGCUCACGCGACAAGUCCGUCUGGCUCUGGGAGCUCACCGACGACCGCGAGCUGGACUUUGAGUGCGCCGCCGUGCUGAUGGCGCACACGCAGGACGUGAAGCGCGUCUCCUGGAGCCCGGUCGAGGACCGUCUGGCGUCGUGCGGCUAUGACGACACGGUUCGCCUGUACCGUGACGACGGUGACGACUGGGUGACCGGCGCCGUGCUCAAAGGUCACAGCUCGACCGUGUGGGCGGUGGCCUGGGAUGGGGCCGGUAAGCGGAUCGCCUCGGCCUCCGACGACGGCACGGUGCGGAUCUGGGCGGAGACGCAGCCGCCCGACCAGUGGAGCUGCGUGGCGCUCCUCUCCGGCUUCCACCAGCGCGCCGUAUACGACGUGGCCUGGUGUCCGCUGACGGGCCUGCUCGCCACCGCGUGCGGGGACGACGCCGUGCGGGUGUUUGCCGAGGAGCCGGGCGCGGGCGACGGCGGCGCGCCGUCCUUUGGCCUGGUGGCGUCCGUGCCGCGCGCCCACGGCCGCGACGUGAACGCCGUCAGCUGGAGCCCCACGGAGCGGGGAUUGCUGGCGUCGGCGGGCGACGAUAACCUGGUCAAACUCUGGCGGGUGAGUGAGGAGUGAGAGGUGUGGCUGAGUGACGCUAGGAGGCACGGCUGUCGCGGUGCUAAGUGCAGAUGACAAUGGGGUAGCAAAUGGACGGGGUCUGUAAACACAAGUAUGUAUAGAUUUGCUAUUGUUUUGCUUGAACUGAAAUCUGACAUAUAAACGUACGAACAAAUUGCA